GUCGUAACGUCUCGGGGCAAAGGAAGCGGAUGGGACUGAGAAUGGCUGUCUGUUGCUUUUUAUUUUUCUGCUGACUGGAUUUGGUCACUGGUUCUUCGUCUUUUGUCUGUUGCACGCAUCCCGCCCUCCCCAUUUGCUUCCCCACUCCUCGGAUCCGGCCCUCUGGGCUUUCACGCCAGUUGUCUCACCCCGCCGUGAGCCCCUCCUGGUCCCCGGUCGGGCCUGGCACGGAGGCGGUAACUAUGGAGAAUAUGGCGGAGGAGGAGCUGCUACCCCAGGAGAAGGAGGAGGAGGAGGAGGUGGAAGUGGCCCAGGUCCAGGUCCCGACCCCGGCCCCGGACUCGGCUCGGGUCCCAGCUCCGGCCCCGGAUUCGGCUCCGGCCUCGGCCCCGACUCCGGCCUCGGCUCCAGUCCCAGCCCCUGCCCUGGCCCAGGCUCCGACCCUGUCCCCGUCCCUAGCCUCUGCCCCUGAUGAGGCUGAAAGCAAGAGACACAUCUCAAUUCAAAGGCAGCUUGCUGAUCUAGAGAAGUUAGCUUUCGUAACUGAAGGGGAUUUUGACUCUGCCAGUUCACUGAACUCAGAUAAUCUUGAUGCAGGAAACAAACAGGCUUGUCCAUUGUGCCCCAAGGAAAAAUUCAGAGCUUGUAAUAGUCAUAAGCUUCAUCGUCACCUUCAAAAUUUACACUGGAAAGUCUCAGUUGAAUUUGAAGGUUACAGGAUGUGCAUCUGUCACUUACCUUGUCGACCAGUGAAACCAAACAUUAUUGGAGAACAGAUAUCCAGUAAAAUGGGAGCCCAUUAUCAUUGUAUUAUUUGUUCAGCAACAAUUACCAGAAGGACAGAUAUGCUAGGACAUGUUAGGCGCCAUGUGAAUAAAGGAGAGACUAAAUCCACGUAUAUUGCUGCUUCUGCUGCCAAACCACCUAAUGAAAUUUUAAAAGAGGCAGACACAGAUGUACAAGUUUGUCCCAACUAUUCUGUACCUCAGAAAACAGAUUCCUAUUUUAAUCCCAAAAUGAAACUAAAUCGGCAGCUAAUAUUCUGUACACUGGCUGCUUUGGCUAAGGAACGAAAACCUUUGGAAUGUCUAGAUGCCUUUGGAGCUACUGGGAUAAUGGGAUUACAAUGGGCAAAACACCUUGGGAAUGCAGUCAAGGUUACAAUUAAUGAUUUGAAUGAAAACUCUGUGAUGUUGAUUCAGGAGAACUGCCAUUUAAACAAAUUGAAAGUGGUAGUGGACAGUAAGGAAAAGGAAGAGAGUGAUGAUAUUCCUGAAGAAGGAGAGGAAAACUUUGGUAAUAUUAAGGUGACCAAAAUGGAUGCCAAUGUACUGAUGCAUUUGAGAUCUUUUGAUUUCAUACACCUAGACCCUUUUGGAACAUCUGUGAACUAUCUUGAUUCUGCAUUCAGAAAUAUAAGAAACCUUGGCAUAGUGUCAGUGACUUCUACAGAUAUCAGUUCUUUAUAUGCCAAGGCACAACAUGUUGCCCGGCGUCACUACGGCUGUAACAUUGUCCGAACUGAAUAUUACAAGGAGCUAGCAGCCAGAAUUGUUGUAGCUGCAGUGGCAAGAGCUGCAGCCCGAUGUAACAAAGGCAUAGAAGUACUGUUUGCAGUGGCUCUGGAACAUUUUGUAUUGGUUGUUGUGAGAGUUUUGAGGGGGCCUACUUCUGCAGAUGAAACAGCCAAGAAGAUUCAGUACCUAAUCCAUUGUCAGUGGUGUGAAGAGAGAAUUUUUCAGAAGGAUGGUAAUAUGGUAGAAGAAAACCCAUAUAGACAGCUACCCUGUAACUGUCAUGGAAGCAUGCCUGGAAAGACAGCAAUAGAACUUGGACCUCUAUGGUCAAGUUCCCUUUUCAAUACUGGAUUCCUCAAAAGAAUGCUAUUUGAAUCUCUUCACCAUGGUUUAGAUGACAUUCAGACCCUAAUAAAGACAUUAAUCUUUGAGUCAGAGUGUACUCCUCAAAGUCAGUUUUCAGUUCAUGCACCUUCAAAUCUCAACAAGCAAGAAGAAUAUGGUGUAUUUAUUAAAACUACAGAUGAUACCACAACAGAUAAUUACAUUGCACAAGGAAAGAGAAGAAGUAACGAAACAACCACAAAUUUAGCCAAGAGGCAAAAGACUGAUGUGAAUACUGAACAUCCUCCCUUUUAUUACAACAUCCAUAGACACAGCAUUAAAGGAAUGAAUAUGCCAAAGUUAAAAAAGUUUUUGUGCUGUCUUUCUCAAGCAGGCUUUCGAGUAAGCCGAACUCAUUUUGACCCGAUGGGUGUCCGUACAGAUGCACCUCUAAUACAGUUUAAAUCUAUCCUUUUAAAGUACAGCACCCCCACCUACACUGGAGGACAGUCAGAGGGCCAUGUCCAACCAGCGUCCGAAGAUACAGUAGCCGACACGGUUGAAAUGUCAGUGAAUGACAAAGCAGAAGCAAGUGGCUGCAGAAGAUGGUAAAUGUAAAAGAAGUUUGUUCCCAGAUGUCUGUGCUGAUGGCCUAAUAGUUCUCCAUAUCAACUGUAGUGCUUUUUCUAUUCUUUCAAUUCAGUUGUGUAAAAAUUAAAAAAAAACAGUGCUGUUUUCAUUCAGAAAAUUAGCAGUUUCUAACUUAGCUGGUUUGGGAGCUAUGCUUUCCAAGUUUUUCUUAUUUUAAAGAAAACUUAAAAUUUUAAUGAAAACAUUUCAUGUGAAGGCCAAGUUUGUGACUGAGAUCACCCUACUGUUUAAUACUCAGAAAUUUUUCACAUGCAAAGUGUUUGGAAUUUUAUUUAUGUUAUGGAAGCCAUCCUUUACUAUACUUAAUCACAUCUCUACUUAAACUGAUUCAUGAUGUUUAUGUUUUUCUGUUUGUAGUGUAUAAGAUGAAGCCAGAGCCUUUUAUUAAAAUGACCCUAAAUAGAAUAGGAGGAACCAUGUCCUUUCAGGUCACUAAUAUAUUUUUUCACAAAUACAAGCUAAAAUAUAUUCCCAAUUUCAAGAAAUCAUACCUCUCCCCACAUUGAUCUUUCAUUACUAGCUUUUGAGAAAUUAAAUAAUUGCCUGAGAUAGAAAUACAUUUUCUUAUAAGUUUAAGGUCUACAUGACUAAACUUCAGAGUAAGACUUUGUUAAAGUAAAUUGAGACCACUGUUCUUAUAUAGUGAUUGUUCACAGGCACUAAAUUCUGAAGAGAGAUUUUGUUAUGAAUUAAAUAAACUGGGUGAUCUCAAGUGCCUCAGUUAAUGCACGUACAAUAUUCAUUUGCUUGGUUGUCUACCUCUCAGGAGUAAAACUUGUCACCUUAUGACUUUCUGAAGUGAGGAUUUUCUUGUUUUUUGGGGGGUGGUUUGGUUUUUUUGUUGUUUUGCUUGUUUUUUGGUGUGUGUAUGUGCUAAUUUUUUGUACAAGUAGCUCAGGCUAACAUGACUAUGAAAAUUAGUUGGAAAAAAAUCUCAUUUCCAUUAAUAAAUAUUGUUCUUGCUUCAUUUGAAUGUAAGACUUUGGAUGAAAA